UAUUCGUGGUGUUGCAGCUUUAGGUGUCGUUUAUACUCACACCCAAAAUUUUGGUAAACAACGUUUGGCUUUUAGGGCAUUCGACCAAUUGGGACUUUAUGGAGUAAUCAUGUUCUUUGUGCUUUCCGCUUUUUUACUUACUCUUCGGUCAUUAUUGGAUUGGGAAAAGUAUCGCGAAAAGAGGGAAGAGAAAAAAAAUACCGAUUUAGUUAUGGUAAAUAAACUUGUUCACUUAGAAAGUGGCGUUGGCCUCGAACCAAACUUAUCAAAGGUCCCACUCUUAUCAUUGACGGAUUCUGAUAAUAUUUUUGCCCAUUUUGGUGCUUUCCUUGCAAGCCGUUACCAGAAACCUGCAAUUGGUGCUUGGAUAGGUCGAAUAAUUGCUAAUGUUAUUCUUGUGACUAUACGAACAGAAUUUUUAGCAGCACACAGUGAAAAUUACAAUAAAAACAAAACCAAGUUUUACGUUAUCGACUUUUGGGGCGCUAUUCAUAUCUUUUUGACUGGAUCAAUUUGUGCAAUUUGGUAUAGAGAAAUAAUUCGUCUUGGACUGUUGCCAUUGAGCUUAGAAGAAGAGGAUACCCUGACCAAUAAAUCAAAUAAUUGUAAUAUACCUACAAGACUGAGUUUUGUUGAAUUAAUUAUUAGUAAAUUACCGAGUCGACAUCAGUUUGCGAGAUAUUUUUUUGACUUUGGAUGUUAUUUAUUAGUUCUCUUGAAAUUUUGCACAAUGCCUCAUCUAACUCGAAAAUUUUUUGGCUUACGUCGCACUAAUGAAAUAAUUAUAGAAAGACAAUAUUUUGGUGGUUUGCUCGACGCAAUACUAAUCCUUUUUGGCCUCCUCUCCCGCAAAGGCUCUUUUGUAAAGGCACUUUCUUGUAGUUUUUUACGUUUUUGUGGACAAAUUUCAUUUAGUAUAUAUUUAUUACAUCCACUUGCAAUGGCAUUGGUGAACGAAUAUGUACCAUCUAUUGGAUAUAAAGCGGCAAAGAAAAAAUCAAACAGAGAUGAAAAAGCUGAUUUGAUUUUGGACGCGGUAAUGUUGUCAUUUGUUACAACAAUUAUUUUAUCAUGGAUCUACUUUAAAUGUGUUGAAAGGCCUUUUAUGAAUUUAACUAAUUAUAUUGCGAAGAAAUGGUUAAGUGAGGGGAAGUUUGGUACUAAAACAAAGAAUUUUAUAGAUCGUAAAAAAAAUUGA